AUGGAGGACAGCAACAGAGACAGCUUCCAAAUGCCCGCCCCUCCCCCUCCACUACAGAUCCGCGACAACGCAAUGGAUCGUCCAGGCACCCCGACGGGCGAGGCCUUCAUGAGCCCGCAGCAGACGCCCCAGGGCAGCCCAAGCAAGCACCACCAGCCGCCCGGCGCAUUCGAUCUGCCGCAUGUGUUCGAAAAUGCCAUGCGGCUGCUGCCCACCAUGGGCUCGCCGUCCAAGACGAAGCCCGGAUCGCCCACAUCCCCCAACAAACUGCAGAUCGGCAGCAAUGGCGCUGACUACGGCAACAUGGAGAGUCCCAGUUUCGCCCCGGGCAGCCCCACACGCAAGUCGAACCAGGAGAACACGCCCCCGAGUGGCCGUCCCGGCCUGCAGAAGGAGUCGAGCUACCUCACACACGCAGCACAGUCGCGGCAGGAGCCCUACAGGACGCGCGAGGACGGCCAGUCGACACGCUACAUCAACGGUCCACAGCGCCUUUCCCCGGAAGAACUCGAGAAGGCGAGAAAGCCAGCCGUAAAGCGCCUGGCAAACGUGACCCAGCUGUACUUCCUCGACUACUACUACGACCUCCUCACCUACGUACACAGCCGCCAAAGCCGCCUGACCCAGUUCAAGGCACAGAACCCUCCCCCUCCAGAUACACCCGAAGAAGAGUACAACGAUGCCCUCACACAGUACCUCGGCCGCGAGCGUGCCAACCUCCGCAAGCGACGCACCCGGUUAAGGCAGGGUGACUUCCAGAUCCUCACACAAGUCGGUCAGGGUGGCUACGGUCAGGUCUACUUGGCCCAGAAGAAGGACUCGCGUGAGGUCUGCGCUCUGAAGGUCAUGAGCAAGAAGUUGCUGUUCAAGCUGGACGAGGUUCGCCACGUCUUGACAGAGCGCGACAUUCUGACCACUGCUAAGAGCGAGUGGUUGGUCCGCUUGCUCUACGCUUUUCAAGACGACAAGAGCAUCUACCUUGCUAUGGAAUACGUCCCUGGAGGCGACUUCCGAACCCUUCUCAACAACACUGGUGUUCUGCACAACCGGCAUGCGCGCUUUUACAUCGCCGAAAUGUUCUCGUGUAUCGACUCGCUACAUCAGCUGGGUUACAUCCAUCGCGAUCUGAAGCCCGAGAACUUCCUGAUCGACAGCACCGGCCAUGUGAAGCUGACCGACUUCGGUCUCGCAGCUGGUAUCCUUGCGCCCUCCAAGAUCGAGUCUAUGCGAAUCAAGCUCGAAUCCGUCAGCGACGUCAUUUCGCCAUUCGGCCGGCCUAUCGAAGAGCGAUCGGCAGCCCAGCGACGAGAGAACUACCGCUCUCUUCGGGAGCGAGACGUCAACUACGCAAAGAGUAUCGUUGGCAGUCCCGAUUACAUGGCACCCGAAGUAUUGAAAGGCGAUGAGUACGACUACACAGUCGACUACUGGAGUCUGGGAUGCAUGUUGUUCGAGGCCCUGGCCGGUUAUCCGCCAUUCGCCGGUGCCACAGUAGACGAGACCUGGCAAAACUUGAAGCAGUGGAAGAAGGUUCUACGGAAGCCCGUCUAUGAAGACCCAUCCUACUUCCUCUCGAAGCGCACAUGGGACCUCAUCAUCCGUCUCGUGGCUUCCAAGUCUACCCGCUUCCGCAACAUUUCCGAGAUCCAUGCCCAUCAGUACUUCGCCGAAGUUGACUGGGCGAGGCUGAGAGAGCAGAAGGCACCCUUCGUACCGGAAUUGGACAGUGAGACAGACGCUGGAUACUUCGACGACUUCGGUAGCGAAGCCGACAUGGCAAAAUACAAGGAGGUACACGAGAAGCAGGCUGCGUUGGAGGCCAUGCAGGACCGCAACGUCCAGAUGGGCAAGGGUUUAUUCGUUGGAUUCACAUUCCGCCACAAGAAGACAGCCGACGAGAACGGCAAGCCAUCUAGCCCGAGAAAACCGCUCCCCAUGGUUGAGGAGAACUUUGGCACGAUAUUCUGA